UUUCGAACAAACCAAUUUUUGCUUGCAUUAGGCGCAAAGUCGUGUCGUUGCCAGAUGGAGUCGGAUCGGAAGCGCCACUGCUGGGAAUGCCUCCGACGCAGCUUGGUCUGUGACUUUACGCGUCCCGCAUGUAAACGGUGCAUUGCGUCCGGAAUUGCUUGUCCUGGGUACGAAGAGACACAACCUCCAAGACUCAAGUGGCUCCAGCCUGGGAAGGUCAAAUCUCGAAAGGCGAGGCGCACAAGGAAGCUUGAUGAGAAGGUUAUAACGACGACAGAGAACACAAUAAUAAGUUUUGCGAAACCCCAUUACGAACUAAAAACGGACGUUCAUACGUUCUUUCAAGCCUCAGAAUACUUCAAUGCCCGCAUAUUUCCCGGUAUACUUCCUAUCUUGGGGCUUGGUUCAAAUAGUGCGGUCUACCAGAUCUCGCCUCGAAUGUUUCAGAAUGGAAUGACCCGGCCCGAUUAUGUCCGACUUGGUCUAGUUUGUGCAUCCCUCAGCCACCGGAUAAACCAGACAAGAGAGGACCCUCAGUCAAAUUCGCUGGCCACGACCUUUUUUCACUACCGUGGUCUUAUCAUUCGCUCUCUCAAUGAAGAUAUUGGCGUGGAUCAUAAGCGUAUGAGCAAUCUUGUUGUUGCGGGGAUUUUGACACUUGUAAUUGUUGAUUCUCAGCAAGGCGCAUCGUCGUUCUGGCGAUACCACCUCCAGGGAGCCCGGAGAAUAAUUGCUCUACGCGGCGGGAUGCGUUCAUUUGCCAAAUCAACCGGCGCAAUACCUUUACUUCUUCUCUUUGUGCGAAUAGCAGUUAUGGGCGACACAUCAUCACCUGCAUCAGACCUAGCUUUGGCCCCUGCACAUCUUGAAGAGCUUGGUUUUGUGAUCGAACAUUAUGGCAAUAGGCUUUUCGCCUUUCAGGGACUUCCUACCUCUCUUUUUGCCGAGACUAUUAAAAUCAAUCACCUCCGCAUGCGAGCCGCAAAACAUAUUCCCGUGGGAGAAGAGGACCUCACCUAUGAGGCAUAUGAAAUACUAAAUCGCAUUGAAAGUUUCUCUCCAGAGCAAUGGACAGAGUCAAAGCCAUCAUCGAAAAGAGAAGAGUGGAUGCUUCUAGGAAAGGUGCAUCGGGCUGCUGUGGCUCUAUACUGCAUCCACUCGCUGCAGAGCGUAUCGGUCCUCCCUCAUAUUCCUCUUUACAGAGAAAUUUGUGGUGCACACGGUCGAAAUUUACACAAUCUUCUCAAACAGGCAAUGUCAUCGCCAUCCACAAAGUUAUUCAUGCUUUGGCCACUAAUCAUGCUAGGUGUGGAGGCUGUGAAAGGGGGCGUAGCUAUGCGUUCCUUCGUCCAAUGGCAACUGCCAGAGCUAAGCAGGGGCACCGGGAUGCUUGCACCAUUGACAGCGAAGGAUGUUCUUAAGAGGUUCUGGGAUUCCGGUGAGACAGAUUGGGAUUCUUGCUUUGAUAGACCAUAUGCGUUCAUGAUGGAACCUGCUGUGGAGGUUAGUAAACUGUCCUAGAUGAUGUUGCUGGCCCUGUUUGAGCAGGGCCUUGUUGUCUUCUUUUUCAUGUAUGUAAAUAUGUUGAGUGAACUUCCAGAGAAGCCAAGAUGAUGCCAAGACGCUGUCAGCCCUA